UAAAUUCCGAGAAAACUUUAUAACUUUGGUCAGUUGGUUGUUAAUGGAAUAAGGCAGCUCGAGUCUUGGGCGAUCUGUUCAGAGAGGUGUGACUCACGUGGGAAACUGACCCCUAUAUAAGUGUUAUUGUCGACAAGCGAAGAAAUCCAGAAAAUUCAAUGUUGAUGGUUUGCAAAUACACGACCAGGGUUUAGGGAUUUUAUGAACUAGUGGAUCCCAUAAUAAAAGCUGCUAAAUUGUAUACAAUGGGGCGUAACAUAUCUGAAUCAACACAUCCGUGAAAAUUUUCGAGUUAAUUGAAACUCGAACCCGAAUCCUCAAAAUACUAGGAUGACUUUACGAUCCAAUCAUUCGGCUCUGUAAAAUUUUUGAGAUUGUUUUCGAAAAACAAUGGAGUGGAUUGUCAAAAUCAUCAUUGUUACAAAUGUUUUGUUGUUUUUAGAAAAAACUCUAAUCUCGUUUUAUCGCUGUUUUCUUUAGGAAAAUACUGAAAAUUUAAUUUUUCUCUGAAACAAUUUUAAUUCAGUUAACUAACUGUUUAUGCAGCCAUGUAUCUUCGAGGCAUAUCUUUGUUUCUUAUCGUUUUUGCAACAAUUUCAGAAAAUGUUUGUUUUAAAUUUGUUAAGGAAGAUAAUGCACAAGAAGACAUUUCAUCCGAAUCAAAGUCAAAACGUGAAUAUUUCACUGAAAUUUUAAAGAAAUUUCAACAAAAAACUAAAAAUUUAACCGAGAAACAUUUACAAAAUCUAAAAAUUAUGCCUCUAUUAAUUGAAAUUCGAUCGAGAAUGAAGUUAUACACCGAUACAUUUUGGCAAUAUUUUCAAUGCAUACCUCCAUUAAACGAAAUUUGUUCAGGGAUGCAGAUAUACCUGAACACAUUUUGUACACGUUUCUGGACACAUAUUAAGCCUCUAACGAUCGAAACCCUGCAUGGCAUGAAGAUAACAACUUACAGAUUCUUCUGCAUAAUGGAGAAAUUUAGCAAAAUGGGAAAGAAUCUAUUCUAUCCUUACGAGCACGAAGCAGAGGAAACGAUUUUUGAAAAAUUGUGUAAUUUUUGGAUCAUUUCUAUAAUUUUUCAUGUUAUUCUUAUCAUUCUGCUUGUAAGAAAUUAUUUUAAGAGGGAUUCUUCAUUAGUUGAUACGCUAAGAGAAGGUUAUACUGAAGAAAUUAGUUAUGGUCAACGAGAAUCCAUGGAUAAGAACGAACAGAAGGAUGAGCCAGAAGUAGGAGAAUUAACAGUAGACAUAGAUGAUCCAGAAGCAAUAUCAGUGAUUACAGAUGAUGAAUCGAAUGCAGAAGAUUUACAGGAAAACGACAAAAUUGUACAUGACGAUUCGAAACGCGAAGAAAAUGAAAUCAAGUUUAAUCUUUCUUCAAACCUAUCUAAUUUGGACGACUCAUUUAUAUUACUAAAACUUUCUGUUUCAGAAAAUCUAGAAGUACAAUAGUACCUUAAAUUACUAAAAUAUAAUAAAAUUAAA